GGGAGUCCAUGGAGUUCCAGAAGCUUCUGAGCAUUGGAUUUCUGCUGUGCUCUCUGACAUGCCUCUCGUUGGAGGUGGUGGUAUCUUCUCCUUCACCUUUGUCUGCCUUUGAAAUACAAGAAAAAGCAGGACCGAAACCACGCUCAGGGGGUGUGUUUGCAGUUAGGAUGAAUCCUCCUUUCUCCGAACGGCGUCAGAUUCGUGUCUCAGGUCAGGAAAAACUGGUUCCAUGUUCAAAAAUAAUGUUCACGAGAAAGCAAACUAUUCUUGUUGGUUUCCAUUUAGUUCAACAAGCAUUAACCUACUUACCAUGUACCGAGCCCUUUGCUAAACUACGUGAAUUAGUAGUUGAACAGCCCCUGUGAUCAAGGAGCUCACAGAUGGGCAGACAAAGCCACAGAUGCCAACCUUCCAUGGAAUAUGACAAAUGCUCCCAGAGGACAAAGGGAUAAUUAAAAUUGUGUGGGGGAGGGAAGACUUGACAAAGGAGGUAAAAUUUAAAAU